AUGGCAGCGUCGAGCUUGGGGUUGGCGGUCCUCCUCGCCCUGGGCUGGCUUGCGAGAGCACGGAACGCAGACGUGCCAAGAUGCUCCACCGAAUGCCCCGUCACCGGAUCCCCCAAACUGGCCUACCAACCCGACAAGACCUACGCCUACGCCUACUCCGGCAAGUCCACAGUCCAGCUCAAGGGCGUGGACAACGGCGACACUGAGACCGAGUGGAUGGCAGGAGUUGAUCUCACCUGGAUCAGCCCUUGCGACAUGGCCAUCUCCUUCAGGAACACCAAGAUGGAUGGCGCCCGAGGUCCCAUCGCUGCCAGGACGCUGGAGAGGUAUCCACUGGUAGUGGCCGUUGUCGACGGGAGGGUGCAGCACGUGUGCGCUCACCCAGAGGACGAACCAUGGGCCAUCAACCUGAAAAAGGGCGUUGCUUCGGCUUUCCAGAACUCCAUCCCUUCUCUGUCUGCUGUCAGCUCAGGCAUCACAGUAACUGAGACCGAUGUUGUUGGAAAAUGCCCGACAAAGUAUGAAAUUGAGACCGAAGGAGAGAAGGUCAUUGUGGUCAAGGAGAAGAACCACCGCCACUGUCAAGAGCGUUACCCAACACCUGCUGAAACACCUGCACCAUGGCUGAAGGCUCCCCUGCCGAUCGAGGAAUCCAAGUCGCAGUGCAGGCAGGAAAUCGCCAAUGGCAUUUACACCGCCAUCACGUGUCAGGACAAGAACAUCGUUCGACCUUCCAUUGGAAUCUACAAGUAUGUGGAGGCCAGUCAGUAUUCAACACUUCGCUUCAUCUCCGAGUCCUCCGACACUUCAGCCAUCAGCGGCAUCCCUUCAGGAGAACUGCACAUUGAAAACCUGUUGUACAACCAUGAAACAAUGAAGGACCCACAGCUGGCACCUGAGCUGGAUGAACUCAUGAAGGAGAUCUGUGACAAGACCAAAGACACAGUUGAGGCUGAAGCUGGUGCUUUGGUUGCCAAGGCUCUCCAUGUGUUACGUCGCGUUCCUGACACGGUUGUGGUGGAGACUGCACAGAAAGUGAGACAAGGACUUUACUGCAGUGACUCUGCCAGGCUGGAGAGCAUCUUCUUGGACGCAGUUGCUUUCCUCCACGAGUCUGGUGCAGUAAAGGUCAUGGUCCACGAAAUCGAGAAUGGACGAGCAACAGGGGGACGUCUCGCUCUGUACACGGCAGCGCUCUACCUCAUCCCACGACCCAACAUUGAGGCAGUCAAGGCCCUUACGCCGCUGUUUGAAAGCCCUCGCCCAAUGCCCUCGUUGCUGCUGGCAGCUGCUUCCAUGGUAAACAACUACUGCCGUCAUACUCCAGCUUGCUAUGAGGAAGCUCCAGUUGCGAGAAUUGCCGAGAUUCUGGCUAACAGAGUCCAGACUCACUGCUCUCCUUCUGCUGGUGCUGAGGACAAGGAAGUAGCCUUAGCAAUUUUCAAGGCAAUAGGGAAUAUGGGUGUAGCUACACCUGCCGUGACAACGGUAGCUCUUGAGUGUAUUGAGAAUGAGACAGUGGAGACCAGCAUCCGGGUAGCUGCUGCUCAGGCCUUCAGGCAAACCGAUUGUCGUCAACGAGUAAGUUUGCCUGUAAAUCAGCUUCUGGACUUUGCCACAAGUCGGUUCACCGAAACUGAAAUCCGCAUUGCUUCGUAUCUAGUGUCCGUUCAGUGUGCUGAGGAGGAAGCUUUGGGGGAAAUGAUUAACAAGAUUUCCGUACAAGAAAAUACUCAAGUCCGUAGUUUUGUCCUGAGUCACCUGCUUAACCUACAGAAGUCCACCGCGGUUCAUAAAGAGAGUAUACGGAAACAUUUGUCAAAUUUCAUCGUUCCGACCGACUUUCCAGCGGACAUAAGGAAGUACUCGAGGAACAUCGACUGGUCCUCUCGGAUUCCCUCGCUUGGCGCAGGCGCGGGCGUCGAGGGAGACGUCGUGUUUGUCCCUGGCUCCUACGUCCCGCGCUCCUUGCAUUUCAACCUCUCGGCGACGUUAGAAGGAGCGGAAAUGAAUGUGGGAGAGUUUGGAUUCCGCCUUGAAGGACUGGAGCCGAUUCUGAUGGAACUGUUUGGUCCGAAAGAGCCUCUCCAGAGCGAGGGUUUCAGGAAAGUCACAGAGGAUUUGACGGAACUGGGAGAUGGAGACAGUCCAAAAGGAAAAAUGUCGAUUGGGCUUUCUACAAUAUCAAAUUUCUUGAGAAAACUUUAUAGACAAGAUGCUUCAGACAGGGCAAAGGUGGACAUAUUUUUCCGCUUGAUGGGCAAAGAACUAUUCUAUGCAUCUUUGUCUGGAAAGCCAAACGGAAUCGGUCUCGGAAACCUGAAAGAAAGUUUAGCCUCCUAUUUCCAACCAUCCUUUGACCCACUGAAUCUAAACAUCAGUUCGGUUCGCACUGCGGAAAUAUUGCGGGACUAUCAUUUCCCAACCAUCCAGGGGAGUCCUCUGAGAGUGAAGCUCAGCGCGGUCGGCGUGGCUGGGUUUAAGAUGGACACCAAGCUCAACAUUCUUGAAAUGAUUCUUCAGUCGAACAAGAUCGAUGGCACUUUCAAGAUGUGCCCCAGUUUCUCUCUCAAAGCUAGUGUUUUUAUUGGUCAUGACUGGAAACUAUUCCAAAAUGCAUUGACUAUGGAUGGUCAAAUAUCUAGCUCGAAUGGUAUCAACUUUAACCUGAAAGGAAUAAAGGAAGAAGAAGUGCAAUUUGAACUAGAACUGCCAGACAAAAUGGAAAUCUUCAACAUAAAAACAGCAGCUCGUUUGGAAAAGGUAAUUGAAGGCAGAAGCAUUGUCAUCUCAGCACCUUCCACCGAGAGAGAUGAGAGGGCUGAACACAAAUCUUGCAUUAAUACUUUCGAACCGGUAUUUGGCCUGAAAAUAUGCUAUGAUGUGAACAUACCUGAUAUAUUCCUCAGUGAUGUGUUGCCUCUUGGGAAGCCCACGAUGGCCAAGCUUUAUGUUGAAAAGGCCCAUCCUUCGAUGAAGGGUUACCUGAUAACUGCCACCCUCAAGAAUAAGAGAGGUAACAAACUCAUAAAACUGAAAAUAGAAGCAGAUGGAGUUACCUCUCCAAGAGAAACGGAAAUGGCCCUGUCCUACACCAAGGAAGAGAGUUCCCACAUCGUGUCCGCUACACUCGACUCGUCUUGCGUCAAUGCAGGAAUGUGGACCACUCUAACCAGCGAGAAAGGGUACAGUGCCUUUGAAACCUUUGUGAAGUUCAAAGCCAGUGACACAGACAUUUCUCACAGUAUUAAAGUGGACCUAAAUGCAAAACAGGAAGGAGCCGUGGAAGAGUUGGUAGUAAACAUAUUCAGUGGUCGUAGCAGGAGAGUUGCUUCUGAAUCGCAAAUUGUGGAGACUAAAUUCACUAAGACGACUAAUGGGCCUAGUGUUAGCUUGGAUGUGAUUUGCAGGACCAAAAAUGCUUUAAUGAAAUAUAUUGAAUUGAGCUUUGAAGAAUUCCAAGUUAGAUGCACCUCAGUGAAACUCAGUUUCUUCAUCAGAAAAACAAAGGAUAUUGCAGGAGCCUGUGAACACAUUUUAGCGCUAAAGUUAACGUACAGAAAGAGAAAAUUGCUUUCACUAGAGGCUACCCAUAAAAUAGAGGGCGAUAUUUAUGGGAAUCAGACAAUUGGAACGGUCACGACCGUGAGGGCGACGAACUCCGAGUACAAAGCCUCCUUUGAUUUGGUUUCCAACUGCAACAAGUUCGACCUGUCUCUGCAAGUGGUUCACUCAGCUGAUCAAGCGAAAGUGGUGGACUUCCUCAUCUUCAUGGGUCGGGCAGCGAACUCGUACAGCACUAAAAUUCAGCUUGACCUGCCCCGCGCCAUGAGGGCCAUUAAGUUCGAGAGCAAGUUGGAGGAGCAAGAGCAGUUUCGUUUCCUGGCAGGAGUGGCUCUAAAAUUCGGAGACGACGUCAUUCUCCAGGCAGACGGUCCCUUGACAGCCAGAAUGCUACCUUGCGUGACGGAGUUUCAGACCGACUUGACUCUGAACAUGCUGUCGUUAACGCCCUACCGAAUUUCCAGCCAUGUCUCCCUCACGAGUAACAGGCAGCUGCUGGCCUUUGUUAUGAAGACCCAAAGGGAACCGGUUUUCGUGGUGGAGUGGAACGCCACCGCCGUGGUCGCCCGGAGGACCAUUGGCUUCAAGGUCCUGGUUCCUGCCGUUGCCAACCUCGAUACCGAUAUCGUCAUCAGCCCCGAGAUCAUUCACAUGUGCUUUAAUAAACUCCUCUUGCCCCUUAAUCCUGCGCCGCGAAGGAUCAAAUGCUUCGUCGACGUGGAUCUGACGAGUCGCCACGCCACGGGACACCUGUUCUGGGACGCUGAUGUGGACGUCGGCAAGGGAGUCAGCUUCGAGGUGUUUCUUGAUGGAGAUGCCUUCCACCCCCACCACGUCGCCUUGCAUGGGGGCGUGACCUACCUCAAUCAAACGUAUCAUUACAAGACGCAAGUGACCUUCGCAGAGCCAAAUGAUGGAUUCAAGGGAGGCAGUGACUUCUCUCUGGAGGUCACUACACCUUCUCACUCGACCAUCGUCCUCGAAACCAACUGCAAAGUCGACCAUCAUGACACGGCGACGAAGGUUUAUUCUACCAUCAUGUUUAAGUCUACGCAGAACGAGAAGUAUAGACUCACCAACUUUUUCGGCCUCGAAAUGGGCGAGGAACCCCACGAAUACAAAGUCGAUUCGGAAGUCAUCUUGAGUACACCGAGGAUGAAGGACGCAAGAGUUCAAGCUCGUCUUAAAUACGGCAGUCAUCCUUUCCAUCGAAACAUACAUGUACAGUCAUUAAUGCAAUACCAUCUCAUGCAGAUUAGCCUGUUGACCUCGCCAGACAGAGAGCCACUGGGCGUGCAAUUUACAUUUCUUCAGAGUGACACUUCAUCUUCCGGUACAUGUAAGAUUCUGGACAAGAUUCCUAUCAUGGUGUACGAGUGGCGGCUCGUUAUGUAUCCUGCUGGUGGAAUUAAAAUAUUCGAAGUCGGUGCGGAUGUGGCGACGGCAGUUGUCCUGAUAAAAGAAAUUCGCGAUGUGAUCCUACAGGAGAGAGAUGUUUCGGUAAAGGAAAAAACAUCGAAGAAAUCCAUCUUCCGAUAUAAAUAUGACAACCCAACAUCAACAUCCUACAGCAUCCUUCUUGAAACUCCUUCGAGGAAGAUCCAGGGUAAAGCGAAGGUCUCGGACUCCGAGUCGGGUCUCAGGCUCUCGUCUCAAGAAGAAGGCUCUCACACGAAGUACGAACUCGUCUACAGUUCUCGAGAGAUAGACACCGGAGAGCAGAAGUCAAGAUGGGAAUGGCAUAUUGAUCAUCCAGGGUUGGCAAAACCUGCAUUAAUUGGCUUUGAGUACACGGUGGGGAAUAACACACUCAAUGGCACCAUAGACCUAGACAUCUUCCCCGAAAAAGAUAAGAUUACUGGGACCCUGAAAUCAACGCAUAUCACCAACGACAGCAUUGAGACGCAAGUUUCUGUAACUUCAAAGGUGUUGAGAACAAAUCCAAAAUUGAUCAUCACAGCAGCUAAUGCACCUGGAGUUGUUGCUUAUGACAUCAUGUUCUGGAAGUCUCCCUCACUCCCUCCAUUGUUAGAAAUAUCUUACAAGUAUUACAAGAGCCACUACAGUGAAGCAGCUUUUGCCCUCACAGUCUUAACUGAAAAUGGAGUGGUGUUUGAAAUGGCUGGACUAGCAGAGAAUGAAAACAAAAUCGAAUGUGAUGGCGUGAAGAUUAGUGCAACUGUGAAUGCACCAGCAUUUGGUAAAUACAUACUAGAUUCAAAGCGAUGCAACUCCGCCUUUGCUGAAAUAACCAUAGCAAAAGAUGGAAUUGAAUCAAAAUACUCUGCUAGUCUUGGCAUUCAGAAUCCAAACAAUGUAGAAAUAAGUUUGCUUGAAGGAAGUACGCAGUCAGAAGAAACAGAGCCUAUUGUUCUAGCGCGCACGAGGCUUGUAAACCCUUCGAUGGUCAUGACCGAGUUUGCUUGUAAGAUGGAAAGGCUGGACACUUUGUGGAAUAACAUAGUCGUGGGUACAUCAGAGGCAAUGCAGGGCAUCGAUUCAUGGGUCGAAUCCAUGGAUAAGGAUCUUUCAGGAGACUUUGACGCAGGGCAUAAAUCUGGGUUCCUAAAACUAGCAGGAGAGGCUAGUCAAGAGCUGAGAGAAAUCUGGCAUCAGGUGCUCUAUGACGACAUCCUUCCCAAGUUUGAAGAACUACAGCUCGUGCUGACAGGCCCAGUGACUAACAUGGCUCGUAGACUUUCGCAGCAAACUUGGGCACAUUUGGCACAGUUACAGCACCACUAUUCCACAGUCUUUGGCAAUAUGGCAAAGCGCACACAUCAGGAAAUCAGAAGUAUUAAGAAUUUAUUCAGAGCAGCUAUGAUUGAAAUUGCACGUCUGCUUGAGAGUAGAAAGUUGCCUGGAAUGUUUGAUGAACUUUUCAAAGAAAUUGAGGCAAGCGAAAUAUUCAGGAUCGCAAAGGCAGAAGUGAGUGCAAUGCUUGAAGGUUAUUCAGACGAGAAGGAAGCUGUUAAGCAGAUUGUUAGCAGGAUUAUGGCCACACUUGAUGAAGACGUUGACACGCUUUACAAAAGAAUCAUGGAGAUACCAGCUGUGCAGAGAAUUACUGAAUGGAUCGUGAAUGAAUCCAUAAUGCACCAUUUGAAAGUUUCUAAAGAGAUUGACAAACUGAUAAGUGAGUUCAUUGAGGAGUCGCUCUUUCUGUCGGUGAAGCCCGGAGCCAACCACGUGACGUUACGAGUCCCUGUCGCCCCUCCUGCACCUUGCCUCUUUCAGGCUCUGUGGGCCCUUGCCAAGAACCCUUUUGGGGCCCUCGACUUUACUGCUGCGCCGUUUAACUCCUACGCCCCGAAACCCCUUGAAAACGCCAUCUGGGCUUACUACACAUUCUUCCCCAAAGACAUCACGGAUAUCCUGCCUCCUUACCCACAGACAGCCAUGGUAGUUGGAGGAACUCAGAUCCUCACCUUCGACGGCCUUGUGGUGCGAGCACCUCGGUCCCCAUGCAAGGUUCUCCUGGCUGCUUACGGCUCCUCUAGGCUUACAAUGACGCAUCCAGAGCCCUCAGUCUCGCCUCAGCUCGAGCUAAAGACGGCAUCGACCAGUGUCGUCAUCACUCCCGACUUUCGCGUUCUUGUUGACGGCCACCUGGUCAGCGGGGCGGGGGAAAACUUCGGAGACGUCAGAGUCCAGCUGACACCCUUCGGCGUGAAACUGACAAUUCCUUUUCUGGUCGUCGGUGUGUCAAAACCGCCCGGAGUCAUUGCCAUAGAGGCCUCAGGAUGGACCUUCGGCCACACGGCAGGCCUCCUGGGCACCUACGACGGCGAAAUUGGCAACGACCGCGUCCUUUUGAGCGGCAGCGAGGCCACCAGUGCCUUCCAACUUGUGUCCGCUUGGCAGGAGGAUGACCAGUGCCCUGCUCCCCCCAGGCCAUCCCUGGAGCCUCACGCAGUCCCAAUGUUGCGGAUCCUACGCUGCCGGGCCCUGGUAGGAGGUCGCGGCACGUGCAGCGCACUGGUGCACCCUGAAGCCUUCCUCAGAAUGUGUCACGCCGCCCGCGAUGCCUGCACUGCUGCCAAGGCGUACAAGACAAUGUGCUCCAUCAAGGGCGUGCAGGAACUCGUCCCCACCGCCUGUUGA